AGCGGCGGGGCGCGGCCGGAAGAGGCGGGUCGGAGCUCGCGAGCGGGUCUCCCAGGUGACAGCGAGGCCGGGCUGGCGGCAACGGCCUAUGAGGGAAGCAAGCGAUGGCAGCAGCGGCGGCAGCAGCAGCAGCAGCAGCGGCAACAUCGACGUCUGAGCGGGAGGCCGCGUCCGCCCUUGAAUGAAGGGAGCCCGCGGUCGCCGAGGGAAGCGGCUCCCCCUCGGCUCGCGCCGCCGCCGUCGUGUCGCCUCUUCUCCCGCUUGGCGCUGGACAAGGUGAGCGGGCGCCGGGGAGGCGCUGCCCGCCCUGGAGCCGCCUCGUCCCGGGGGGUGAGCUGGGCAGCUGCUUCCCCGGCUCGGAGAGGAAGCAGGUGGGCCCCGUCCCUCCCUCGGCCCGCCUGCGAGCCCUGAUGGGGCGGCCUCUGGUUGGCCAGCCGCGGUUCUCCCCACGCUUCCCAGUGGCGGAUCUUCCGCCGGAGCGAGGAGUUCCAACUUGCCAGACACCCGUUUCCCCUCUGCCGAGCUCAGCUAACCGGGGAAGCCCCAAAAGGUGUUCUUUCCCCCUUCCCACCUUGUAAAGUAAGAGUCGCAGUCUUCUUGUGGAAAGCCAGCGGGAGGUGUUCUGCGGCACCCCUUUUGCAAAAAGAAAAAAGGAGUUUUAUUCGGGCAUGUGCUUUUUGCUUUAUGAGGGGGAGAGAGAAGAGAUGAAGAAUCUUUAUUUGCAACAGCCACUAGCCAUAGCAAUAAAAUAAAACGUACUGAAGAUAGAGGUGGAAGCUUAGCUAUAGAAAAUACAUUUUGGGGGGUUUACAUCAAUAAUCAAAUAAUAGAUCUUAUUCUAAUUGCCCCGGCUAAAAACCUUGCAGUUUUCUGUCCCCUGAUCAUCUCGAUGUGCUAAAAGGAAGAACACAGUAGCAGUAGUUGAGUGACCCGGCAUGGACAAUGAUACAGGGGUAAUAACCUCGGUCCUCAAAUCUUUAUAAAGAGUGCAAGCCAGAAGCACAUGAGUAACUGAUGCAGUACUGCCAUCUCCACAUGGACAUAACUGUUUUUCCAGUGGAAUUUUUUGAAAUCGACCCUCAAGUCCAGCUGAAGACAGUACAGUGGUACCUCGGGUUACAUACGCUUCAGGUUACAGACUCCGCUAACCCAGAAAUAGUGCUUCAGGUUAAGAACUUUGCUUCAGGAUGAGAACAGAAAUCGUGCUCCAGCGGUGCGGCAGCAGGCCCCAUUAGCUAAAGUGGUGCUUCAGGUUAAGAACAGUUUCAGGUUAAGUACAAACCUCCGGAACGAAUUAAGUACUUAACCCGAGGUACCACUGUGUAUUCAAUCUUGCAAAAGUGAAAGCGCAUCUGUAUUUUGGAAUUGUUAAAUUUUGCAAAUAGGGUGCCAAAGUGUCAAAAUGACUAGGCGGAAAAUAAUCAUGUUGUUGUGUUGUAUAGUCGUUUGGUCGUGUCCGACUCUUCAUGACUCCAUGGACCAGAGCACGCCAGGACAAAAUAAUCAUACCAUGGACAAAAUUUCCUUAUUGUGGCCAAAUUAUUCUCUCGCUCGAUACCAUAUAGGUGCUGUCUAAUUAAAUUAUUUGCUUCGCUGAAGCCCAGUGUUAGUAACUGUUGUGGUGAUGAACCAGAAAAGUAAAGCUUUUGGUUGACAAUUUUAGUCCAAGCACUCUCAUGACAAUCUUGAAAUGCUAAGGGUAGUAGGCCAGUGGAGUUUAAAUUUAGGCAAAGCCAUGCAGGAAUUGCGACUGAAGAAUCCCCGACACAUGUCCAUCCAACCUUGGGUUAAAACCCUCUUGAUAGAUAGUGCAGGUAAGCACACACACAUUCAAUAUGUUAGUUCCUGAGGUCAGUGGGGAAAUGAAACUGGAAGGAAUACAGGCAGGGAUAAUGGCAGUAAAGUGUAAACGUGUGGAAAACACAGUUGCAGCAAUCUAGCGGUGUUUAUGAUAAACAUCCUGGCACCGGUUAGUUACUGUAAUUAGCAUCUGUAGUUAAGUCAAAGGCCAUAACCUCGUUUCGAAGCUCAAUUGAUAAGCUUGGUUUUCCUUUUGUUGUAACGAGUUGAGUAAAAGUUGGAAGCUGCUAGAUCUAAACUAGGUACUAUAAAUACUAGUGAUAUUUGUAGUUCUUUAUAAAACAGUGCUUGCCACUUGGAACCAAAGCCCACCUUUUUAAAAAGUUUGGGGUGCCCUCUGACAUGUGCAGCUAGAUAAAACUUCAAUCAUUAGGGGAUGUACAUCACUAGAUAAAAGUUAUAGUUCCUCUUGUUCUUUUGAACUUUUAAUAUGCCUACCUACAUGCAUCACUUGUGAGAUUGCCUUUUUCUUCAAGGAAAUACUGUGCUUACUUCUGAUAUCACAAAUUAUGAGAACCGUAUCUAGAGAUAGGGAAAGAUGACAUUGAUCAUGUGAGAUGCAGAGAAAAGCUCAUUGGCUGUAUUUAAUGCAUGUUAUACUGGAUGAGACUUCAGACAAGUCUAGCAUGCUUAAGCUGGUAAAGGAAGGGGUCACUCACUGUAAACUGUUGUAUUGACCUAGUAUUUGAGGGGGAAAACUCCAUGUUCAACUGUCAAGAUGUCUUUACUGCAUACCUGUUCCCCUAGAUUUAAUUCAUAAUAGCACCUCGAGCUGCCUAGUUUAUUAUUCUAUUCUAAAUAAGUUUGAGUUAUGAGAUUGACUCUUAAGUCAUGGGCAUGUCAUAUUAGCAGUUAAAAUUUUAGGAUAAGCAUUACAGUUACUUCGUUGCAAGUCUUAACUCUUUGUUUCUAGAAAUAUUUGCAACCCAAACAUGUGCAUGUUUACUGGGAAGCAAGUCCCAGUGAGCUCAAUGGAAUUUGAUGUUGGUUGGAAGGGAAAUGGCUAUUACUCAUGAGUCUUGGUAAUUGUGACUACCAGAUUUUUUGUUUUAAAUACAGGGUCAUAUAUUUUAGAUUCCCUUUAAAUUGGAACAACUUGAACGUUACACCGUUGACAUUUAAAAGGCAAAGCUUCUACUUUAUGCAUUUGACUCACUCUGGUUGUGACACGUUAGGAAUGCUGGACAUGGGUGGGAGUUGCUGUUUGAGGUAUAGCCAUUUUUUGAGCAGUAUGAGUUGACAUUUGUGACAAUUUGUUUUUUCGCACCCAUGAAAAUCCACAAGAGACGUUCAUAUGCCUAGCAUACGUUAUAGUAUGUAGUCAUGAUUACUACUUGUAUUGAAAAAAAUUAAGGGUUUCCUAUAUUCAGUCUAUAUAUUUUGUCACUUUGAAAAGGCAAAACACGUUUUGGCCCCUAGAUGAAUUUCCAAGCUAUCUGGAAGAGUGGCUAAUGGGGAUAAUACGGUUGUCCACAUACAGCACCCCACAGUCAAUUUCGACUGGGCUUAAUCUUUACUCCCUUAUGAAAAUGAGGGGUUAUGAACCAUAUUUUCUCUUAAUUGACAAGGGCUGUCCCUUGCUCUGAACAAAUUAAGUACUAUAGUGCUAAAGAAGAAUUCCUGUACUUAAUGGGGUAAACCAGAUAACAAGGACAGGCAGAAAGUAGGGGCAAUGCCUAUAAUUUGAGGGUCUCCUAUGCGGGUGGCACUGUGGAUUAAACCACAGAGCCUAGGACUUGCUGAUCAGAAGGUCGGCAGUUUGAAUCCCCUCAACGGGGUGAGCUCCCAGUGCUCGGUUCCCUCUCCUGCCAACAUAGCAGUUUGAAAGCACGUCAAAGUGCAAGUAGAUAAAUAGGUAGCGCUCCGACGGGAAGAUAAAUAGUGUUUCCGUGCACUGCUCUGGUUCGCCAGAAGCGGCUUAGUCAUGCUGGCCACAUGACCCAGAAGCUGUACGCCGGCUCCCUCAGCCAGUAAAGCGAGAUGAGCACCGCAACCCCAGAGUCGGUCACGACUGGACCUAAUGGUCAGGGGUCCCUUUAUCUUUUUACUGGGACAAAGUCAUAACUUGCAAACCUCUUAUCAUAUCCUUCCUUUAUUUACCUUUGCUCUAAAUGAAAAAGCUCCAACCAUUUCAUCCUUCACUUGUUAGAGGAGUAGCUUCAGGCCCCUGCUAAUCUUGGUUGUCUUUCUCUGUACCUUUUCCACCUCAGCAAGAUGCAGUUACUGGAACUGUGCACAGUAUGCCAUGUGAAGUUUGAUCAUAGAUUUGUAUAAGGCCAUUAUAGUAUUGGUCUUUUUAUUUUAAUACUUUUCCUGUUCAUCUCCAGCAUGGAUUUUGCCAUUUUCAUAAUGCAGGAUUGAUGUUUGCAUUGAGCUAUUCAACAUGACUUCAAGAUUGCUUGCCUGAGUAGUAGCCACCAGAUCAAGCCCCGUCAUUGUAUAUAUGAAACUAGGAUUUUCUUCCCCAGUGUGCAUCACUUCCUGCUUAACUAAAUGCCAUUUUCUCUUUUAGUACCCAUUCAACUCUUUAUUUGGAACUCUUUAUUAUCCCUUUUCAUUUAAUCACCCCAUAUAAUUUGGUGUCAUCAACAAACUUGGCCACCAUAUAGUCUAGCUCUCUAAACAACCUACAGCAGACAAUCUUAAAGAGGUUGUAUUGGAUUACCCAUGGCUUCUGAGAUGACAAAGGGAAGUCCAAAAGGAUGGCAAACACUAUAGGCCAAAGACUUCAGUUUUAACUGAAGGGAGAAAAGUGAGUAGGCUGGAGAGAUUGCACUAACUGUGUGUUGCUUUGGCAACCAAGAUGAACUUUUCUUACAUACCUGAGGUAUGACUUGUGAGGACUUGUGCAGAGAGUUAUGGGCCAUUUACACUUCAGAACAAUCCAGGAAAGUAGACUAAGAACGUAGAAGAAGAUGAUGAAGAAGAAGAUGAAGAAAUGAGACUGGUGGGCAUAAAAUCAUAAAAUUGUAAGCUGGAACAGACUCGGCUUACAAUUCAACCCCCUGCAAUGCAGAAGUUCUGCCCACAGCCGUCUCUGGGUGAGCUCAAACCAUUAACCUUCUGGGUAGGAGCCAGGUGUUCUCUUGGGAGCUACGAUUCAAUGACAGGGACUCACUGAAUCUGAGAUAUGCUUAAGGUACAUGGUAGGACAACCUCCUUGCAGUGGAGAGUCUUUAAGUCGUGGAAGAAGGUAGAAGGACAUUUUCAGAGACAGAUACUGUAUUUUCAGCCCUUUUUUGCAUACUCUGAGAAAUGCUAGCUCCAGAACUCAAGUUAGUAUUUACUAGUUCAUUGCAGUGUACAUUGGUUGGCGGGUAAAGGGGAGGAGCAUCAUGAAUGUCUGAUUGUUCUAAAUUUAUGUUCUUAUUUUAUAAUUCCACUCUUAUCUGGUUGCUGUAACUGGUUGGAGCUGUUGGUUGAGAGAGAUUAUUUUCAUGGCAUUUAACAGUUUCAUGCUUGUUAACUCUGCAGAAUGCAUUUGAAUCCUUGUGAUUUUCAGGGUAUUGCUUCAACGUCUGUUACUAAUAGAUACUGAAUUUAUCCCUGAGAAAAUACAGAUCACUUAACUUACCCCUUCUGUUUCCAUCCUCUUAGGUGUAUGUGAACCCUUUGCUUAUUGAGGCAACUGUGUUACUAUAGGGUUAUAUCCCCCCACCUCGGUUCCCAGUUGGUGUCAAAUUGUUUUGUCUUUCUUUUUUUGGUGGGGGAAGAAUCGUGGGUUGUAUCCAGCUAAAUCAUUAUUGAAGUAGGUCUGUAGAAAUCAGCAGUUUUAGGUUAGCCAUGUUCAUUGAAUUCAGCUGCUCUACACUGAGGAUAACUUUGUUAAAUUCAACCAGUGCUUUUUUUCUGGGGGGUACACAAGGGUACGCAUUCCCCUAAACAUUUUGUGAAUCUUUGUCCAUUUGUCCAUUUACUGUAUUUAUUUUCCCCGAUUUGAACUAUAAAAUGGUAUUUUUCUUGAGCCACAAUGAGAGUACCCCUAAACAUUUUUUUAGAAAAAAAAUCCACUGGAUUCAACCCAAAGUGUGAAGAUAAAUGUUUUUUCUUUCUCAGGGAGAACUCCAUCUUUGCCUGCAAACCUAGGCAUGCUUAGUUGAAGUGAAUGAAAUAAUGCUUUUGACAUUGAUUGGCUUCUGUUCAUUUUAUACAUUAAUUCCAGUCCAGGAGAAUCUUGAUCUUCGAAUCUACAGAUAUCUUUUUGGAAGGGUUAUUUGUCCUGAUACAUCUGAUAUGUGCAUAGUCAGCUUCUUUGUACAUUUUUCUUACUGACCUUUAUAAAGCCUCACACAGUUGAGUUACAACUAUUUAACUUGUGUGAAUUUAGCUUUAUACACUUGGCUGAAAAAAGAGGGUUGACCAUCCGGGGCGGGGGGGGGGGGGGGAUGUUGGCAAUCUCACAGUACCCUUACAUAUUUUGAAACGUCUUCAGAAACUUCGUUGCUGUGCCAUUGCCAGAAGUUUCCACAGGUAGAUAAGCUUGGUGGAUGAAGUUGGAGUUGCAUGUGUAACCCCUUCUUCUCUCCGCUGUGCUUACCUUACUCUUGCCACUGGAGCAUCAGUUGCUGCUGAGCAUUAAGAGCUCCCCCCCCUUUUUUUUUAAUGAUGAAGCACCUUUCCCUCCUAAAUGAAGGGCAAGGCAGUAACAGCACAGGAUUGCCCGCCUGCCACUAUUGCCUUCCAUCAUGCUAUUUACUCUUCUAUUCUUCUUGCCAUUUACAGUACACUUAUGAUAUAUUAUGGGAUAUGAGGAUAUGCCUCAACCUCAUGCUGUCUUAAUAAAGUUAUUUGUGGACAUAAAAUGCAAUCCCUAUAUACAGUUUGUAAGAAUAAAAAAAACAUAGGCAUUAUGACAUACAGACAAGACCUUGUUAGAUAACAAAAUUCCAAAUAUGCUUUAAAGCUCCUGGGAGGACUAUACAGUAGUUUCUGUAUAAUAGAAUAGAUUUUGAGUUGUAGGACUCUCAAUUAUUUCACAAAAUUGCACUGUUGAAGCUGAAAUGGUGAUAGUUAUUGUCUGAGAAUUAUUUUUCUAUGUCUGAAAGAAUUCCUUGAUGGUUAUUCCCAGGUGAAUAUGUACAGGAUUGCAGGCUUAGUGUUGCAUAUCAUGAGAAAAUGUAGGGUUAACUGACUUCAUGGUGGAAGUAACACUGACUGUUCUGAACUGUAAUAAACUCUUGAUGAGUGCCAGAAUGGUAAGCGUUAUGGGCUGUAUGUUUACAGAGUGGGAGUACAGGAGAAAGUUCAUAUUUGUAUUUUCCAGUUUAAGUCUGUCUGUGAAUGAGACAUAAAAAGAUCCAAAAUAGUAUUCAUUGCAUUAAUGAAAUCAAGUGAAAAACAGAGUGUGUGAUUGACUUUUCAUUAAUUAGUAUAAACUUUUUUAAAAAAAAUUCAGAUUAGCUUCUUGUGAAGCCCUGUUGAAGUGCAGUGGAAACUCACUUCAAUAAAUAGUCACUCAGUUGAUAAACUAUGGCAAGUAAGAUUUGCUUCCAUGCAGGGAAUAUUUGGUUGAGGCAGAGAGGUGGUUCUUUUGUUCACUUCAGGCUGUUAAUGUGUCAGAAGUUAUUAACAUAGGUUUGUAUGGGCAGGCAGGCUAGUAAUUUUUUGUGACUUUAAAAAUUAAUAGUAAGUUGAAUGCCCUGAUGCUGCAGUUACUGAAAACCAUUUGUGGAACUUGAUAAAGAAGAGAACCACACACUUGAAUUAUAGUUUUUCCAUUUUUAUUUGGACUAUUUAAGUGUCUGAUUCCAAAUUAUCUUUAUGGGGCUUAGGGAGUGAAGUGCAAAGGAAGUUUAGAGAACCCAACUCUCCCCUGGACCUGAUAAAUUCAAGAGGCUGCUUAUAGUUUGGCUUCUUAAUAUCUGCUUUCCUUGGUAAAAAAGCAAGACUUGAAGGUGGUCUGAAAAAAAUAUGUAAACUAAUGAAUUCAGUGAGCAUAAAUAGAGAAGGGCUGGCUAGACCUAGGUUUGAUGUUACAGCCAAAGAGUGGUUUAGUGAAUGGGAAUGGCUUUGUUCCUGCAUCCAUAAGGUAGUAAAAAGUUGUGUAAUACAUGUCAGCAUAAUUGUAUUAAUUCUUUUGCAGGUGAAGACUUUCACCAUGGCCAUUACACAGUUCCGUCUUUUUAAAAUUUGUACAUGCCUGGCAGCAGUACUGUCUUUUUUUAAGCGCUUAAUAUGCAGGUAAAUAGCUUCUCUUGCAUGUGAUUUGGGUUUAAUUGUAAGGUUUUCCCCCCUCUUCAUUUGUGAAGAACUUUGUUUUCUUAUUUAAUUUCAGGCUGUGUAAAGCUCUACCUUAAUUUGCAUGGUUACACGUUUAAAUGAGUUGUACCGAAAAGAGUUAUAAAAUAUACCGUAUUUUUCGCACCAUAGGACGCACCGGACAAUAGGACGCACUUUGUUUUAGAGGGGGGAGAACAAGAAAAAAAAAUUCUCCCCCUCUCUGCCCAGCGCCCCUUCAGUGAAGCGGCAGGAGGCGCUGCACAGAGAGGGGGAGAACUUUCCCCCUCUUGUUUUCCCGCUCUAAAACAAGGUGCCGUUUAAGGUGCGUUCAGGCGGCUACCUUGGAAGCCUGGAGAGCGAGAGGGGUCGGUGUGCACUGACCCCUCUCGCUCUCCAGGCUUCAGGUUCCUUUCGACCUGCUGUUUGGGGCUGGCGGGGGGGGAAGCCCACCAGUGCUUUAGCAGCACUAUGGCAGGAGCCUCUAAAGCUGCGCGUCACCUCUCCAGCCGGGAGAGGGUCGCGGGGGGCUGCUUUAGCCCCGCGCGCGCUCUCCCGGCUGGGGAGGUGACGCGCGGCUAUGGCAGGAGCCUCUAAAGCUGCGCGUCACCUCUCCAGCCGGGAGAGGGUCGCGGGGGGCUGCUUUAGCCCUGCGAGUGCUCUCCCGGCUGGAGAGGUGACGCGGGGCUGUAGAGGCUCCUGCCAUAGCCGCGCGUCACCUCUCCAGCCGGGAGAGGGUCGCGGGGGGCUGCUUCGCCCCCUUUUGAAGGGGGAAAAGUGCGUCCUAUAGAGCGAAAAAUACGGUAUAUAUAUCAUUUUAUUCCUUAUUUGGACUGCUAAGAAAUAGCCAUGACAAUUGUUUUAAAGCAUCUACUUUCACCUCUUCUUUUUCAUGCCAUCUAUAUAACCUUUUCUGGAACUUCUGGAGUACCUGGAAAUGUUGAACUUUUUUUUUCUGGUUUGAAACAACACUUUUAGCAACAUAGAAGCUAACAAUGUAAACAUUUCUUUGGAAAAAGGAAAUGCUAUGCUGCAAAAGCAACAGAGACUGCUGGGACACCUUAAGCCACUUAUUGUGGCAUUAGUGUUUGUGGGCCAGAAUCCACACCUUUAAAUGCAUGAUGAGGUCAUUUUAAUUAGCUGACAUAUCUGCAUUAGUGCCCUGGGCUCCUUUAGAGGAAUUAAUUAAAUAGAUAAAAUUCUGAGUACAGAGAGAAGAGUAAAAAGUCUUCCAUUCUUUGUUAGGGACAAAGUCAAGCAGUUCCAGGGAGCAGUAGGUGUCACAAUACUUUUCAGGAGUGGGUUUUACCAGAGCUAACCAGAUCUUGUUUUCAUGUGAUUGGGUUUUCUGUCCUCAAUAUUUGUUUGUUUGUUAUGUGCAUACCCAAUAUUUUUCCUCUUGAUGAACAAGCAUAGCUAGUUAAUACUGUAAAUAGGCAUCAAAUAGAAACAAUUUAAGAAAGUCUGGGCAGCAGUAAUUACACUGGUCUAAGGUGCCAAUGAAUCUUUAUCUGUUACCCAAUCCCCCCCCCCCCCCAGCCAAAGAAAAACCAUGGACAAAUUGAGGCAUGCAGUUAGUAUCAUAGAAUCAUAUCAUUGGAAGGGACCAUAAGGAUCAUCUAGUCCAACUUUCUGGAAUUCAGGAAUCUUUCGCCCAAAGCGGGGUUUGAACCCAUGGCGCUGAGAUUAGGAGUCUCAUGCUACCGACUGAGCUAUACUACUUUUUUUUUUUUAAAAAAAGAAAAAGUAGAAGUAUGCUCGUUGCUUCUGUAGUUUUCAUUCAGUAGUGGUUCUAUGAACUUUAAUUUGGUUCAAGAUUGAACCUUGAAAAUAUUAACACUUUACUUAAAAAUUAGAAAACAAAAGUACAGUCCAUGUGAAGAUUUUGGUAGUUACAGCAUAGUUCCCAUUCCUGGCAAGCCUCGCUUAUUAUUCUCUCUGGCUUUAUACUCACUCACCACCACCACCACCACCACCCCAAUAUAAAUAGUGAGAAGCAUGCAUACAAUAAAUAAUGUUAAACACUGUUCCAUCCAUUUGGGCUGCAUAAUUCAAGAAAUUUAGCAAGACUUUAUUGAACUAAACACUCAAAGCUGUGUCUUCCAGGCACAGUUCUCUCUUCAAAGUUCAAAGUUCUUUACACACUUCAGUGCCUGCGUUUUGGUACAGAGAAACUAUUCAGGCUACUGCUUCAGUUAAUGUCCCAACACAAGAAUUUUAAUGGCCAGAUUCCACAGGAGGAGGAGCAAUUGGAAAAGGAAGUGACCUCUUCUUUUUAUAUAUUGUAAAGCAGGGGGAGCUAAUAAGAUGCUCUCCUAAUGGUAUGGACACUAACUCCAUCAGCCCCAGCCAGCAUGUGCAAUGGUUGGAGUCAAAGAGAAUUGUAGUCCAUACUAUCUAGAUGUCAUCACACUGUGUAUGUGUUCCCUUCCAAAUCACAGAUGUGCAAGCAGGAGUCUGUACCUUGGUAAGAAGUAGUCAGGUAUGUUAAUUCUUACAAAGGAAAUCACUUGCAUCAGCUGAGAGACAUCUACAGUAACUAGGAUAGUAGUGGGAGGUUUAAAUUAAGAUAAAGAUAUAGACCAGCACUUCUUCAAAAGCAGAUAUUAAUCUUUGCUUGUUCACACAAAAGUUACUAACCUUUUCAAUCCAGUACAUUUUCACUUAGCUACUUUCAAUCAUUUUCUUUAACAUAUUUAGCCUUACUAAUAGCUUUUAGCGUUCAUGUUUUCAGAGCUAAGAAGAUCCUUGCCUUUCUUUUUCAGGACUGGAAGAGGGCGAAAACUUAGUGGAGAUCAAAUAACUUUACCAACUACUGUGGAUUACUCGUUGGUUCCAAAGCAGGUAAUACAUUUUAAUGUCAGUGAUUGAACAAUAGUAAUUCCAAGUGGCUCAGUCAAAUAUAGAUUGUUUUUUAUGAGUGUCAAGCUGCAAAUAGAAAGCUGAAGUCUCGCUGUUUUCAUCUUUAGUCAGAAGUAGAAGACUGGACUUCGUGGGAUGAAGAUGCACCGACAAGCGUGAAGAUUGAAGGUGGCAAUGGUGAUGUGGCCAAUCAGCAAAAUGGUUUGGAAGAAAUGGAGCCUGACUAUUUUAAGGACAUGACGCCAACAAUAAGGAAAACACAGAAAGUAGGUUUCAAGCACACGUGACACCAAACAUUAUGUAACAUCUUAUAAAGUAGUCCUUAUUAGUAUUUGGUGCAGAGGAAAUUUCUUUGUGUGAAUCAGCUGGCCUGGUGCAUUUUAGUAUUGUACUGCAACAACAUGGUUGUAUGUGGCAGAGGGAUAACAUGCAAAAUUAAAGGUGUUACUCCAUCUUGAUCUCUUUAACUGGCUAGUCUAGGUUGUUACAAGUACAGCAGCAUUAUUGCUGCUUGUAUCAAAUUUUGGAGACUUCAGAGGAAGCUUACUCCUUUCUGUAGCUUAGAACUUCAUUUGUAAUCAGGUGACUGGCUUGUAUGUUUACUGGUGACAGUAUGAUACCAAGGGAGUUGGUGCAAUUAAGCUCUCCAGAGCAGCAUUGACUUGGUUCAGAAGUAUACGAGCCUUCAUAAGCUUUGGUUUUGUCCCUUUUCUCCUCCUUGGUAUGCACAAAGAGGAAAUCAUAAGCACCUUUUCUGUUUUUAAACAAGGCAUGGGGCUCUGUUUUUGCCCAAACAUGGGAAACACCAGUUUGUUUAACUCUGGUUAGUGGAAACACACUGAAAUCUGAGACCAUGGUUUAAUCCUGGCUAAAUUCUCGCUGACUAGCGCUUAAGUAAACCAGCGUUACCAAAGUUUGGACAUAACGGGAAACCAUAUUUUAAAAUUGGAUGCAGAUGCUUCUGAUCAUUUGGCUGCAAGAGGUUGGGAGGGAGAGUGAGCAGCAUAAGUCUAAAGGUCAUGCAGAGUGGUUCAUUGUUUGGGAAGUAUGGGAAUGCCUGUGUGUGCGAGUUUCCUUCCAAUUCACAGAUGUGCGGGUGUGAGUCUGUACCUUAUUGUCAAGUAGUCAGAUAUCUUAUUGUCAUGAGGCAUGAUUCAUUGUGGCCACAGUAGGUUAAUGAUCUGAAAAUCUUGCAAUUCAUUCUGUUAAUAAUGGAGGUAUUUAUGAUGUUUUCUCUUUCCUCUCCAAUGUUAUAUUGCAGAUUAUUGUUAAAAAACGCGAACCCUUAAGUUUUGGGAACCAGGAUGUCAGUGCAGGAUUUUCUAGUAGAUUAGCAGCUACACAAGACACUCCUUUUAUUCAUCAGUCUGUAAGUAUCUUCUCUGUACUGAUCCCUUUCUGUGUUUAGAUAAUGUUUUCUCUCAGAAGACUGUGUAACUAUUUUUGCUUUUUCAGAGGCAGGUUGUAUUGUUGGAAUGUCUCUUAAGGGUACUUUCCAAUGCCAAAUCUCCAAAGGCAGCACUUUGUUUUAAAGAGUGUAUCUUGAAACUUGUUGAUUAUAUCACUCUUACCUGUACUCCUACCUCCCAUAAUACAAAAGACCUGCUAAAUUGCAAAAUAAAAAUGGUUGAACUGCCAAAGCCUCCCCCUUCCAAGCACUGGCCAGCUAUUUUGGUGGCUUGUUGUAGAGUAGCUUCAGACAUGGCUCACUACACUUUCUUUCCUGCUUAUUAUUCUCCAUGGCACUGGGUAUAAUUAUGUUUGCCCAGCUGCAGUAUUGGUUGAUCCAAUCUGCUCCCCCAGCUUUCAAAUUGUAGGAUUGAUUCAAUUCAUUCACUCCCCCCUUAACCCCUAUUACAGGGGUGUCCAAACUUUUUUCAAAGAGGGCCAGAUUUGAUGAAGUGAACAUGCGUGAGGGCCAACCAAAAGGCUGACCAAAGGUGUGGAACCUUUUUUAGGAUUGAAGUUGUUGAGCUUUUUAUUGGAUUUUACCCCAGGGAAUAAACUGCCACAGAGUCCUGAUUAAACUGACCGGCGGGCUGGAUUAGACCCCUGAAACGGACUUUGGACAUGCCUGCCCUAUUACAUGCAACAAGUAUUUCUGUCAAAAUUAAGAACUAAACCAGUGCAUCCAUUUGUUCUCGCUAUUGAUAAAUGUGGUGAUUUUCCACUACCCCUCAUGAAAAGGAUGUGAUGCAUUAAUUGUCCAUAAAAGGAAGUGGUUGUCAACCCCCCCAAGCCUGCCAAAAGGCUCCCAUGGGUGUCAAGGGGACUCUGCUGAAUAGGGUGUGUUGUGCUCAGCGGGGGAGCUGAGGGUGAAAGGGGGACUGUGGAAAAUCAGGUGGAAGCACCUUCUCUGAGGACUUCCUGCAGUUCUCCCUUUCCCCCUUUCCCCCUUUACACCCUGUUCUGCAGCCCACCCCAUUCAGCAGGGUGCCCCUAAUCCUUGGAAGAUGCUGAGGAAGGAGGAGCAAGAAAACUCACCUUGUGCUAACCCCCUUUCUUGGGAACAUUUCUGGAUCCAAUCCUAUAUAUCCAAUCCUUUCAUUGACAUAAAUUUAGGAUUUCAUGUAUGUAAAAACUAGGACGUGACAGAGACAUCUGUGAUAGUUUGCUUUGUCUGCUAGUAAAAACUUCAGGAGUUUUAGACAGAUGUUCCCAAUGGGAAUGUUACAAUCUAGUAUGGCAGGAACAUAGAAGAAUGAUGUAUGCACAGUUAAGGAAUUAAUAAUGUCUUGGCCAGCACUAGAAAGCAGAAAAUGCUUCUGUGUUUUUGGAAGUUCAUUCAACACAUGGCUGUCUUCAUUAAGUAAUGUGCAGAGUGGUAGAGUUGCUGUUGCCUAACUAGGAUUCCAUUCCUAUAAAUAGGAUGACACACCCCUAAUGUGGAAUAAUAGUUUUCUGAGAUUUAGCGAGUUGAGUCUCUCUCUGUAGAUGUGUGUUGAAUUCUUGUCCUUUUCCAGCCAGAACUGGGAGACUUGGAGACAUGGCAGGAAAACAGAAAUGCUUGGGAAGAAGAGGAAGAUGCCUCCUGGCAAGCAGAAGAGGUUCUUAGGUAAAUUUGCACAAUCUUAUAAUUGGCUGUACUGCAAAUAUUUGCUGUUAACUAGCAGGCAUUGAUUCAGAGAGGAUGCACUUUUAAUCGUGUUUGCAUGUAACACUAAGCUAUAGUUCAAUAUUAUAUGAAUGAACCCUUCAGCUUGUAUGCUCCUCCCCGACCCCUUUUCCUUUUCUGAUACAGUCAUGAGCUAUUGGAAGCUAUUGGGCCAUUUUCACUGGCACAAUGAACUUCAGUGCAUGCAACAAUUGCGUCAGUGGUCUGAUUAGCACAGAACACUGGAUGCAACCCGUUGCUUGUUUUUGAACAGAAGCAUGUUCAAGUAGUUAAAUUUUAAUUGUGGCUUAUAGAAACCAGCAAGCUUCAUAAACCAGGGUUUGAAAUUGGCUUGUGGCGAGUAGAAACUGAAAGCUGCUCACCAGAGGGAGUGGGGAGUGUGCACGUUUAAGGUCACCCAAGGUCUUCACUGUGCUGAGCACAGCAUUCAUAUAAGAGAAUUUAAAAAUACAGUGGUACCUUGAGUUACAAACGCCUCGGGUUACAAAUGCUUCAGGUUACAAACUCCGCUAACCUGGAAGAGUUGCCUUGAGUUAAGAACUUUGCCCCAGGAUGAGAACGGAAAUCGUGUGCCAGCGGCGCAGCGGCAGCAAGAGGCCCCAUUAGUGAAAGCACGCCUCUAGUUAAGAACAGUUCAGGUUAAGAACGAACCUCCGGAAUGAAUUGUGCGUAACUAGAAUUACCACUGUAAACAGAAACCCCAAGUAUAAAGAGGCAAUACAAUUACUGUGAAGAUUCAUAGCAGUAAAAUCAUUGCAAUUUGAAAAGCCACAACACUUUUGUGAAUUUAAUAUUGGAAUGCUCUUCCCAGUGCUUGUCACAUAUCCAGAGCUUUAGGCACUAGGCCUAGAAUUUUCUAUUCACCCAGGCAUUUGAUUGCUUCUGUUUAAGGCUGUUUUCUGCUCUUAAUUUGAACAUUUUAUUGUUUGGUUCUAUUUUCUUCUGCAAUCCGCUUUUGCAGAUUUGGUUUAAAAUCAGGAUAAAAAUUAUGGACCAUAUCCAGUGCUUCAGUUCUGCUGGCAUGAUGGACUUUCAUGCAUAUAGUGGAGCUUCCUCUUCUCUCCGCCCCCCCCCAUCCCCCGAUGUUCGAGGGCCCUUCUAGAGCAGAUUUUUCAGUGUGCACAGGGAGGAGGAGAAGUCUCAUUACACCAGUGGAAAUAUAUUGAAUGCAGCCCCUUUUAUUUGCUUACUUACUUUUAAAAAAUACUAUUUAUCAAUAAAAAGUGGAGAAAAGCCCAUAACCAGGGUCCAACUCAGCUAAGAGUUUAUGAAUGACAGCUUCUCCAUACCUUCCUAUUGCGUACUUAAUCAGCACAAGAACCCAAAUAGCGUGGUUUGAAGGCACAAGAAGCUGUGCCUGGAUUGGAGGCUGGAUUGGAGCAACAUGUACACCAUCUUUCUUUCAUGAUGGAAGAAAGGCGGGAUCUGCAGCGUUUGCUAAGGAUUCCACGUCAUCUUAAGUUGCUGAUAAAAAAUGGUACAGCGCUUCAUUAAAAAUCUCAUUCUGGUUGGAGAAGCAUUGAUGAGUGCUGUUUAAGUAUAACUGUAAAGAUGAGCAGGAAAGGUUGUUGUUAUAAUAUACAGUCGUACCUUGGUUCUCAAGCAGAAUCCAUUCCGGAAGUCUGUUCAACUUCCAAAAACAUUCAGAAACCAAGGCGUGGCUUCUGAUUGGCUGCAGGAGCUUCCUGUACUCAAUCAGAAGGCGUCAGACGUUCGGCUUCCAAAAAAAGUUCACAAAACACUUCAGGGUUUGUGGUGUUAAGGAGCCAAAACGUUCGAGUCACAAGGCGUUCGAGAACCAAGGUACAACACUGUACGUAUGAGAUCUUGGCAAAGAAUAGUUUAAAUUGUUGGAAAUACUAAAUCCUUAAAAUAAUACCUUCCCUAGCCACCAGAGGGCUCAGUAUACAUCCAAGCCUCUCCCAUUCUUGGUUAAAGAACAAUCAUCGUUCCUUAUAUUUCGCUUUCUUGAGGAUUAGUGUUAAGGCCAUGGAUGGUUUCCCAUGCCUUAGUCAAAAUACAUGGUCUGAAAUCUUACCCAAACUGCCAUGAGAAGGGGCGAAUUUUACAUGAAACAAUGCUCACAUCUGUUUUACCAAGCUUAUGUUGGUUAACAUGUUCCGCUGCUUAGCUCUAAAUUGUAUUGGAAAGUAGAUUAUAUUCUGUGGGUAGGCCGCUAUUGGUCCCAUCUCAGGCAGCCAUUAAUUCUGUGUCACUGUAUUUGUGCACCUUCUGUAUACGGAAAGUAUUUGCAUCCAUUAGAGGGAAAGUCAUUUCCAUCUUUUGCAUCCAUUGAUGCAAUUCUAUUUUUUGUCAAAUUGCAGGCAGCAGAAAAUAGCAGAAAGGGAAAAACGGGCAGCUGAGCAACAAAGGAAGAAAAUGGAGAAAGAAGCACAGCGGUUAAUGAAGAAAGAACAAAAUAAAAUUGGUGUGAAGCUGUCCUAACAACAUUUGCCUUGGUCUCACGGAGCCAGCAGUGGGGAGAGAAUUCAGCUUCAUCAUUUUGUAUUGAUCUCAGUAUUUUUAGAACUCCGGCUCACUACUUAUUUUAAAGCCAUCUUGGAAGAGACGGUUGGUUCUUCCAUAAAGCAACUGGACAGUUCAAACAACGACAGCAUCAUCCCAUUGAAUCCCAUCAAGAUGGGACUGUGUUUCCUGCAGAAGCCCUAUCCCCGUGCACUCACUGCGAGAAGAGCUGCUACUUCAUAAACUCUUCAAAUGCCUGUUUUGAAGCUAAAGGGAAAAAGGGUGUAAAUAAUUGAAUGAUGGCAAUCUAUUGUCUAUUAUGCUUAUUACGAGAAAGGUGUGUAAUUAAAUAAUUUUAAAGAAUGUGUUGCUUCACUGCUUGUUUUCACAAAACCCUGCCUUUGCUGCAGUACUAAGUGCCUCAUUAUAAAUUUUACAUAGAAGGAUACAUACAUAGAAGGAUAAUUUGCUUAAUGCCAGCCAUGACUUCAGGCAAAAAAGAAGAUGUUGCUAUUAUCUUGCUUUGUUCGAUGUACCUGCAAUGAUGUUUGCUUUCUUGCAUCUUUAAACUCCCAAGACAGAAGCCCUGCUGGAAGGUUAAGCUGAGAUAGCAACUUCUACUUCCCAAACAUAGGCAACAGGUGUCUGCCUGCUUUCAUGAAAAAUUCCAGAACUGCUUGGGUGGUGAUCUAGGCAUUGCUUAUGCAGAUUAAUAUAUCAGUGGCUGCUUCUGAACUUUGAAAUCCAAGUUUUAAGGGCACAAAACUCCUUUGAUAUGCUGAAGUAUCAGGGGCGAGGCAAUUGUGUAAGUCCCGGCAGCCAGAUGGGCUUUCCCUCUACCUACAAAGUUGGACUGUAUUCCAAUGCAUGCGAUCAGGUUUCUUCCAGCCUAAGUGCAAAGAAGCCUUUCCUUUCCUGGUAAUGAAGGGUCAUUGCAUCUAUGCCAAACAUCCAAAACUUUGAAGAGUGUGUCACAUGGAAAUAUUGAGUUGUCAGAUCAACUUGAAGCUGGCCUCACUAAGGAAAAAAUGGGCAGUUGAUUGCACAGGAAUGAAUUGCUCUAGUAUGUAUUGCUUAAUUUAGCAUGCUGAGCCAAUCCUUGGGCUGUUUGUCAAAGCUGAAGGCAGCUGGAAAAACUUAUAUGGACUCGUUUUCCCAGGUUGCUUGCUUAGGAACUCAUCAUUCCAUGUUUAACUUGCCACUUCUGAAAUAGGGGCAUUGGUGCUUGUGCUGAGGGCCAGCCUACAUUUUACCUUUGUCAUGUAGAUAAACGGAGGUAAGAUUCCUAUGUUAGAUUUUGAUGUGUAUCACUGGCCCUAUUUUUCAGGUUGGCUGCCAUAUCAAAUGUGUUGGAGUGUAUAAGCAGGGAUGCGGGUGGCACUGUGGCCUAAACCACUGAGCCUCUUGGGCUUGCUGAUCAGAAGGUUGGUGGUUCGAAUCUGCAUGACGGGGUGAGCUCCCGUUGCUCUGUCCCAGCUUCUGUCAAUCUAGCAGUUUGAAAGCAUACCAGUGCAAGUAGAUAAAUAGGUACCACUGCAGUGGGAAGGUAAAUGGCAUUUCUGUGUGAUCUGGCUUCUAUCACGGUGUUCCGUUGUGCCAGAAGCAGUUUAGUCAUGGCCCGGAAAGCUGUCUUGUGGACAAACGCCAGCUCACUCAGCCUGAAAGUGAGAUGAGUGCCACACCCCAUAGUCGCCUUUGACUGGGCUUAACUGUCCAGUAGUCCUUUCCCUUUCUCUUUAUAAGCAGGAUAGUCACCCAUUACAGGAAAUAUGUAAGCAUUUGUCAGUAAUUACUUUAAUGGGAUUUAGUAGCAAUUAAUUUUAUUUGGAUCACAGCCAUUUUUGAAAGAAUCCUUUCUUCAUUUCUAUUACUGCAACACCUAAGAAACGUGCCCUUAAUCAGUUUAUCCCCCAGUUAAUUUGCCCUCAGAUUUAAAUUGGUUCCCAAAUCUUUAGUUACCUACCAACUAAAUAGGUUAAAUCUUACAGUCCCAAUACAUAGAUUUUCCCAAAAGCGUGAAUUGAUUUCAGUUGUAAAUAGUCUAGACUAGGGUCCCUGAAUAAUAUCUUGGCUAAUAUAAUGAUUAUUUUUUGUUGUUAUCCAGGUGGUUAUAUUACUUGGGUAAUUAAACUCUGGGUUUUGUACAUGAAGGAUGUGUAUGAAUAUUUGCUGAAUAUAAAAUAAUCGAAACCAGUGGAAUUUGUUUCUUACGUGCUUUAAGGGAAUGCUGUUUGGCUACACUCUCUACUUGACCCACUCAGUAGAC